GGCAAGUAUAAAUCUGGACCGCGGAUAAGAAUCCUAAAUCUGGCAAGCACAACGAGCACACAACUCCUCCUGAUAUUUUUAACCAGCACCGAAACCGGGGUAUCUUGGUAGACACGGUGCAGAUUCACCCCCCCCCCCCGAGCUUGAAUCAUGUGACAAGCGUCGCCUACUCGGUUUCCGCGGCUGGUGCGCCUGCGCGGAGUGGGAGGCGGGGCGCCAGAGAAGCAGAGAGGGUGCUCGGAGUGUGGUGUCUUCGAGCUGGUCGUCUGGCGUAGUCCGAAAAAAGAAAAAAAGGGGGAAAGAGAAGCCCGUCAUACACCGAAAACCACGAAAGGCUGAUUCGAAACAUCUUCGUUUUGUUCUCAUUUAGAUUUUUUUUCAUUUCCUCCACUUUUUUUUUAAAUCCUCAGCGGUUCUGCUCGACAGCGUUUUUGUUAUCCCAGAGGGUGUCCGAUUUCCCCUCCUCUCCAGAGGCAUUGCGAUGCCCUCUGACUUCAUAGCCCUGCUCAGCGCCGAUCUCGACCUCAAUUCCCCCAAAUCCCUCUAUUCGAAAGAAUCAGUCUAUGACCUUCUCCCUAAAGAGCUUCAGCUGCCGUCCUCCACCGAGUGCAACACAGCAGCCAUGAGCCAGAAGAGUGGUGGAGAGGCAGGGCCCCCUCCCCCGGCCGCGCUUGCUUCAGAUGCGACCCCCACCUCCUCUCCUCUGUCCAUGGGAGGUCCUCGCAGUUCUUUCACUGCAUCUUCCAGCCCCACCAUGCACUCCUCUACCUCGGUCACUGAGCAGGCCUCCCUGCGAGACGGCUGCGCUCCGAGCGAGGGGGUAAGUAGCCGUGAGGUCCCCGAGACGCUCGGCGAGGAGAGCAAGCUGGCUGGUGGGGGCGGCGGCGGGGGCGGCGGCGGCAGUAAUGGCGGCGUUGGAGGCGGAGGGGCCCAGCAGCUGCAGCAGCAGCACCAGACGACUCCUUCCAAGCGGCGGACGGUCCUGAAUAUCUCCCCUCCCCCAGAGGACCUGUUUGACGACAGCCGCAUGUCCUGUCAAGAUGAGGGGACCCCGGACUCGGAGCAGAGCAGCAGCAUCUGGAUGGAGGACUCGGCCUCCAACUUCAGCAUUGUGAGCUCCAGCUCGUACAACGACAACACGGAGGUGCCGCGCAAGUCCCGCAAGCGUACCCCGCGCCAGCGCCCGGGCCCCAAGCCUGUGCCGGCGGACGAGGCCAGCAUGGAUGUGUUUGACGCCGAUAGCGCCAAGGGGCCCCACUUUGUCCUCUCCCAGCUGGGCUCAGACAGCAAAGCCUGUCCUAAAGGAAACACUGCUGAACACCCACAGAGCCCUACGUUAAAGGGAGUCCCGCUAUCUGGACAGUACCCCAGUAAGAGCGAAGGAAAGGAGCUGAAAAUCUUGGUCCAGCCGGAGACCCAGCACAGAGCCCGGUACCUGACUGAGGGCAGCAGAGGCUCAGUCAAGGAUCGCACCCAGCAGGGCUUUCCCACUGUCAAGUUGGAAGGUGUGAACGAGCCAGUGAUCCUGCAGGUCUUUGUAGGUAAUGACACAGGGCGCGUGAAGCCACAUGGAUUUUACCAGGCAUGCCGAGUUACUGGACGCAACACUACAGCUUGUAAGGAGGUGGACAUUGAGGGCACAACCGUCAUUGAAGUGUGUCUGGAUCCCAGCAACAGCAUGACCUUAGCGGUGGACUGUGUUGGGAUUCUGAAGUUGAGAAAUGCUGAUGUCGAAGCUCGGAUUGGAGUCGCUGGUUCCAAGAAGAAGAGCACGCGUUCCAGGCUGGUGUUCAGAGUCAAUAUCCCUCGCCCUGACGGCUCCAUUCUCACUUUACAGACCCCGUCAUCUCCCAUUCUCUGCACUCAACCCGCUGGAGUGCCUGAAAUUCUCAAGAAGAGCCUCCACAGCUGCUCAGUGAAGGGAGGAGAGGAGGUGUUCCUCAUUGGAAAGAACUUCCUGAAGGGAACAAAAGUCAUCUUUCAGGAAAACGCAUCAGAUGAGAAUUCUUGGAAGGCUGAAGCAGAGAUUGAUAUGGAACUGUUCCAUCAGAAUCAUUUAAUUGUCAAGGUCCCUCCUUAUCAAAAUCAGUUGAUCACGUCUCCCGUGUCUGCUGGGAUCUAUGUGGUGACCAACGCUGGGAGGUCCCACGAUGUGCAGCCCUUCACAUACACUCCAGAGCCAGCUAAAGCAGUGGAAGUGGCAGUGAAGAAAGAGGUCCCUACUCCAGCCAAGCCGUGUUGCUUUGAUGAGCAGAUGAAAGUAAUUCAGGCCAGCAGCUGUACCCUGGACAAGGCCAACCUGCUCCCUAGUGCCCUGAUGACUCCACUGCUGCCCCUUGUGAAGACUGAAGAGGUGACCCCCAUGGAGGUAUCCACCACUCAGACCCCAGCCGUUGUCUUCAAGCAGACGUCGGAUGUCAUCGGCUCAGCGCAGCAGACCCUGGACAGCAUGUCAUCUGGCAACAACCCUUUCUCGACCUCCCUGUCCCACCAACAAGGGGAGCCAGAGCAGUCUCAGCCCGCUGUCUUUGCCAGCCGUGAGCCACUGAGCACAAUUCAGAAGCAGGACAUCGCACCCACCAGCUCCUUCACAGUCCCCAGCGAGCCCCUGUUCCUCCUGGAGCCCAGAGAGAGCCUCCCACGGGAGAGGGCCAACAGCAACGCCGGUAGUGUGCUGGGGCUUACCCAGCUGAGCGAGGGCUCAGCGCAGCAGCAAGGCCAGCUCCCCUCCUCCCUCUUCACGCAGGACGCUGGAGUGGCCCAGCUGGAAAGAGCCGUGCGUCAGCUCCAAGCCGGGGGGUUUUCUGCUGCAGGGUCUGGGGGCAGCAGCCUUGUGCAGCAAGUACUGGAGGCCGCAGUGCAGCAGCAGCAGCUCAACUCGGUGCUGUACAGCCCCACCCCAACAGCCGAUGGAAUACAGCCACAAGUACAGGAGAACAUCAACAGUCUUCAGCUUCAGCCAGCGGAUACCUCCCUUGUCAAGCAGCAACAGCAACAGCAGCAACAGCAGCAACAGCAGCAGCAGCAGCAGCAGCAACAGGUUCUGGAAAAUCUGAGCCUCCAGCAGCAACUGCCAGACCUCUUCCACUCACAGGUCCAAGGAACUGUGCAGGGCUCUCCGCAAACCAUGGUGCAGAACCCUGGCUCUCUCUUCCAGCCGUCCGAGUCCUUGCUCCAUAGUACCUCCCAGCAACAACAGCAGCAGCAGCAGCAACAAGAGGCCCUGUUUCAACAAGCAGGGGAGCUCCUAUCCAUCCAGACUCCCGACUUUCUCCAGCAGCCCCCCUCACACCCCUCUCCUCCCCAGCAGCUGUUCCACAGCCCGAGCCCUAUGGCAGAAACCCAAGAGGUGGCGGGGGGGUUGUUCCAGAAGGUCUCCCCCAGUCAGGAGCAAGUUCAAGCAGCCAUUUUCCAGAACACACUGACGGUGUUGACCAGCUCUGCGCUUUCCCCAGAACAGCAACCAUCUGCAACUAGCCUCUUCAUCUCCCAGACUGCUCUUCAAGGCCAGCUCACCACAGACCCCAAGCAGCAGCAGCAGCAGCAGCAGCAGCAUCAAGAGCAGCAGCAGCAACAGCAGCAGAUGGCUUUCCUCUCUUCUCUGCAGCCUCCCGCCUCUGUAGAGCAACAGGCAGUUUUCCAUUCCCAGGCUCAGCUGCCGCAGAUGCAGCAAAGCAGUCCCAUGGAACAGCAGCCAACACCACAACAGCAGCAGCAAGGGUCGCUCUUCCAGAACAUGUCCUCUUCUCCAGCAAGUGCACUCUCACCAAACCAGCAACAGCAACAACAGGCUGGCCUUCUGUUCCAAAACAGCAACAUAAUUCCCCAGGAGCAGAAGCCUAGCAUGCUCUUUAGUGGGCAAAACCAAAUGCCACCACUGAGCAGCAGCUUGCCUUCUCAGGAGCCACAGAGUGCAACCCUCUUCAUUGCUCAGUCCAACAUUGUUGCGGUUAGCCAGCAGGAGCCAUCAGAGCCCAUGUCCUUCCAGAACCAGAAUCCAGUGACAGGAAACCCCUCCCAGAGUGAGUCAUCCCAGCAGAGCCUCUUCCAGGGUCAGCAACCCAUGCAGAUAGUACAAGGUUCCAGCAGCACUUCAGAACAGCCUGUGGCCAUAUUUAUGCCUCAGGCCUCCAUAUCGGCCCUGCAGGGCAGCAUUGGGUCCCAGGAGAUUUCCCAGACAUCGAUCUUCACAUCUCAGAACACCUUACAGACCACCUCGUCCUCCCCUGUUCAGCAGCCAGGAUCACUCUUCCAAACUUCUGUGAGUGGGACCAUCAGCCAGCCUGGCCAGACACAGCAGCCUGCAGGCCUUUUCCUAUUUGGGAUUCAGAACGACUGCGGUCAGCUUAUAGGUUCUGCAGGAUCGACACUGUCCGAUCAGCUCAUUGCCAUCAGCCAGUCAGGACAGAACUCGAGAGACAGCGAAGCCGAGAUCCAGUCGCUGUUAAACCAGUCCAUAUCUGAGUCGGGUAGCAUCCAGAACACCAUGACGGCAUCCCAGAACAUGGAGAAAAUUGAUGACCUCCUAGUGAGUCUCCAGGACCAGAGCAACAACAUCUCCCGCUCCUUUUAGAGUCCCUGUCAUCACAGGACCCACAAGAGCCAAACGAGAAGAAAUUGUGAAGUGUGGAAAAACUGGAAAGUUCUAAUCAACAAGCUCCUGUUCAAGAAACAAGUCCCUUUUAUAUCUUCAGCAGUAUGUCACUCUGUACGUCACUCUUUAAAUCUAUUCUUCUUCUUUCAGAUGGUGGUUUUCUGUCUUGGUAGGCGCUGGACUGGCACAAAGAGUGAAGCCAGUAGCGAACUGGAUUUGGAGUGGGAGUAUGGGGGGACGAGGUUGGGAGAAGUUAGAAAAUUUGUGAGAUGCCCAAAAGUAGAAGGUUGAAAACAAUCAUCCAAAGCUGUCAGGGUUAUUCUGGCAUACUGUAGAUUUCUUUCUUGCGGCUGUAGGAGAAAACAUAUCUUGUGGCAGAAUUUUAACUUCUCGAUGCAGAAGGUGACCUUGACAUUUAAAGGCGUGCACCUUUUAAACCAGCAUACAGAAGUUCUGAAUUGUUAAGGACUUCAACGUGUGCCGUAAAACUUUGUAAAGCUUUGCUCUUUUUUAAAAAAAAAUAAAAUGCUGUUUUGAGGUAAACUAAAAUCUAAAAAAAUCCUUUGUAACAUAUUUUUGACAUUGUACCUUCAAGCACUUUAUAAUGCUUUACUUCGUGACCAGUUGUCAAAUAUCUUCCCAUUGCCCUCUCCAUCAAUUUAUCAUCUAUUUAUGACAUCUAUUCUUAAAUAUGUCCAUAUUUUUAGAAAUUUCUAAGUCUUUUAAUUGUUAUAUGGAUAGCUCUCCACUUGUUUACUGUAUGUAUUUAUACUAUUUUCUUACUCAUGCAUGUUUUGUGAACAGUGGCAAAACUUUUAUAAACAGCUGGUUUUUACUUUAGGCCCCCAGUGCUCCCAGUCCACCUGCUUUGGCUCUUCCUCUCAAAUUGUAGCUUUUUUAGCUUUCCCCUGCCAAAAUGAAGGCAAAUGCAGACAAUAUAGGGAUGAAGGAUGAGAGCAAGCAAGACCAGCAUUUAGGUCAUUCAUUUACAGUUCCAGUGACUUAUUUUUAAUGUGAAUGUGUUUGUUCUUAUGUGUGAAGAUACAUACAUGCAUACAUAUUUAUAUAUGUGUGUGUGUGUUACAAUUCAACAAUAUGAUGUAUAUUGUUGUUUGUACUAGAUAAGUACAGCUGUAAAUAUAUACUUUUAGUUGCAUCUUUCUGUGGUAGAUUGUGACGUUUUCUCAACUUUCUGGCACCUUGUAUGUUGGGGGGUUGAGGUUUUUUUUUCAGAUCACAGCAAGUAGGAAAAAAAAGCCAGCCUCUGAUUUUAAGUGGGACAUGCAAUUUGCAGCCAUGUUACAGAAGAUUGUUUUGUAGCAGUAUUUGGUUUAAGGUUUGCAUAUGGGUAUAAUACAUGUAUUUAUAAUAAGCCCUUAUACUUAAUUUAAUCCCUCCAUAGUAACAUAGAGAGGAUAAGAAGAGCUCUUUUGCAUCCAUACAGAGCUCCAGUUCUGUGCUGAGUUAUUCUGGCUUAUGGAUGUUUUUUUUAUCACAAUGGCACUUCAGGUCUGCCCUGAGAUUCUGCCAGUUUUAUGGCUGUAUGGGUGGCAGUUCUGCUUCUGUGUUCUAAAUACUUGUUUGUUGUGAAAGGGAGAGAGGUGGAGUUACAGCGCCUACAGAUUUUUGUUUUAAAAACAUUGACUUGUACAGCUGUGAAUCUCGCGUCAGAUGUCCAGUGCUGCCAGUCUUUUUUUUUGCUUUACACACCUUAAAUUGAAUAUGUCACUGGCGUGUAGCCCAGUCUGUCCUUGUUUGUUUCUAGUGAAGGCUGCAUAGGUCUACUGUGAACCAGAGGCUGGAACUGAGACAAGGUAGCCAAGCAAGGUGUUUUUUAUUGUUGAUAUUUUUAUCAUUCUGAUUAUUAUAAUUUAAAAAAACACCUGUUGUAGACAUUAUGAUGUUUUGUUAAAGGUGAUGGGUGAGGGCCAUCAUGUCUGUGAGCACUGCACUUCACUGUACUCCCCUCCUUAGUGUUACAGACUUUGCGAUUGGGUUUUGUAAAGGGACCUGCUGCAGAUGUCAAACUGCAAUGUGCAUUGGAGAAAGGAGCUGUCUGUGAUUAGCUUUCUUCUACUCCUCUCAAUAACUGAUGCUUUCAUUUCCAUUUCUCAUGGAUAUUUGUGAAUUUGUAUUUCCAUUUUUAAGCUUUUGUCUUCUUUUUUUUUACUGAUGGUGUCUUCGGCUAAUACCUCUUUUCCAAAACUAUAUCUAAUUUAUUCAUUUUCAAAGUGGUGUCACAAUUCUGCCCCGACAUACUAUACAAUUUGUUUAUUAGCUGUGUGUGUGUUACCUCCUUAUCUUUAUUUUGUGUUUUUUCCCUUUCGUGUUAUUCCCUUUUUUGUUAUGGUGAAAGGCCUGUGGUGUUCCAGUAGAGAUAAUCUAUGAGUGACCCAGUACAGGUUCUGCUCUACAGACCUAAGUUAAACUAUCCCACUGCAGUUCAACAGGCUGUUUUGACAGAGAAAACUGGAAAAUAUCAGAUUCAACACGUACCCUUUCAUAUGAAUUGAGACAUUUUUAUUGCUUCUUAAAACAUUGGAUACCAGGCUGGACACAUUUCACCAAGCAAGAUUUUAAAUAAAACUUUUAUGCUUUUGUACCUAAGAUGAAUGUAACCACAUGAAAAUAAAUUGUGAAACGCAGAAUCUGUAAUGUCACGGUUAGCUUAUAGACAACAGAAAUGGAGCAUUUUGAACCACAAUAUUGAACAUAAGUCAAGAGAAACUGCCAAAAGCGAGGUGAAACCAACACUAAGUAGUCCAUCUGAAUGCCAAACUACAAAAUUUGUUUUAAAACACUAUACCUCAUGAAUGGUGUGGAUGUCAUUUGCUUAAGACAAUGCUGCUACAUUAAGCACAGGACCAAUUAAGAUAAAAAAAUACAUUCUAUUUUCUUCCUAGGCAGCAGUUUAUGAUAAGACCAUGAGAGAUGCUCCUUGUUGGCAUCUAAUAUCAGAACUCCUGAUGUUGGUCUCCAAUAAGCAGUGUAAUGCCCUUUUCAAAUUUUAGUUUUAAAUAAUAGAGUUAACUGUUUCAGGGGCCAAUGUUUUCCAAAGGGCACAUUCUGCCUUAGUGUUGAUUGAAAUAACAAUAAAUGCAAUAGACAUUUUUAUAUAUGUACCCAUUAUAAGUACAUGUGAAUUAACUUGUGAAUUUACUUAUUUCACAAUGUUAUUUUGUGUAAUGCAGUGGGGACAAAUAGCAGGUAGCAGAAAUAGUGAGGGGGGAAUGAGUUAAUGCCUCAUUAGUAAGGGAACCUCUGUGAUUUUUGAGACUGUCCUAUUGAUGAGGGCAUCCAUAUUUCCCUUGAGGUACUGUUGAUGCCGAUAAAGAAUGCCCCGGAGGCAAAGUAAUGAACUGCGUCAUGAGAUUCUUUUUUGAACGGUUAUCACAUUUGUUAACUCUUCAAAAUGUCCGUUGUUCUACGUUUGUUUCAAAUUAAUUGGGGGGGGGGGGCACUCCUCAUCCAAAUACAGUUUUUGAGGUGUUUGAGGUUUGGAUUUCUAAUGGAAAAUCUGGAUUUCUUUUAAUAAACCCUUCAUUUUACUGAUUUGUAAGUUUAAUUGAAGCCUUUUCAGUCAAGCUGCUAUGCAGCUUGACUAAAAUUAACUGUAAAUGUUAUUUUUUAAAAGAAAGUAUUUUUCUAUUUCGCCGCUUGUGAAUCAUAUUACUGAGAAAGGGGGAUGCAGUAAUUUCAAAGACUGCAAUUAUUGCAACUAAGUUAUUCAAGAUUUCUUAGUUUUUGUGUGUAGGGAGUAAUAUCAGAAAGGUAGUGUUCUUUUGUAAGAACUCUCUCCAGAUCAAGCUGAUAAAACUGGUUAUAGUGAAUUUCACACACAUCACCAGCGUAUUUUGUAUGAUUAAUUUAUUUGUAAGACAUAUUAGAAAUCAAUUUGCACACCAUUCUCAGUGAGUGUCCCUUUUACUUGUCUGGUUAUUUGAUGUGAAAGCUGACAUUUAUUACCUAUAGAAGUGUCGUUCCUGUAUAUGGUUUAAGUAGUGAGAAUAUAGCACAGACUUGGGGGGUUCUGGGGAGUACAGUUUGUGUUGUAUGUUUUUAGCUACCAUGUGAACAACUUGUUAAAUAUGAAAUUUAUAAAUGUAUUUUGCUUUUGUUGGGGCAUUUGUAUACUCUUGCAAUUAUAUUUCUGUAAACUUGCUGCUAUCUAUAUCAAUAAAAUAGAUUUAACGUUUUAA